AUGAUCGGCCUUGCAUUUUUCACUUUCUCAUUCAUAGCAUUUCUCUUGUACUUCCUCAUUUUCCCCACCAUCAACUACUUCCGCGACCCAAAAGGAUUACGAAAAUUACCACAACUAUCGAUAUGGUCCGGGAUAUCAGACCUCCCGUACAUGAGAGCAUCCCAGAGAGGGUUCCGCUCUCAUACUGUUCUUGAGGCGCAUAAAAAUCACCCAGUUCUUCGAAUCGGGCCCAACUCGCUUUCGUAUAGCGACGUCAGGGCAAUUAAGGACAUUUAUGGACAUGGGACGACGUGUAUCAAAGAUAAUUUUUAUGUUGAAGUUGGAGGCACCCAUACUCAUCUUGCCGAUGUUGUUGAUAAAUCGGAACACGCUCGCAAAAGAAAGGUUCUUUCCAACGCAUAUGCCGUGAAGAACCUGGAAGAAUGGGAGUAUAAGGUCUCUGAUAUGACUGAUCGAUUGAUUAAAGCUUUCGAUGACCUCUGUACCUCACCCUUGAAAGAAGGCACAUUAACAGAUAAGAGUGACCUCAUAGUCGACUAUCGCAUGUGGAGCAACUUGUUUACCAUUGCUGCUAUUGCGAAUAUUGGCUUGAGUGAGGAUAUUCGCUUUCUUGAAAAUGGCGAUGACCUUAUCGCAUCUGAGAGGAUGGACGGAGCCAUUAAAAAGGUACAUUUCCGAGAGUGUCUCUACAAUACAGCUGUCGCCCAGUCUAAUCUAGUCUGGUCUUAUGACUGGUUCAAAACUCUUACCAGAAUAAGCAAAGUUGUCUCUUCUUCUUACCGCCAGAUGUGGCGGCUGAGCGAUGACUGGAGUGGGGUUGUCUACAAUCGUGCUACUACUCGAAUGAAACGAUAUGAAAAUGGAGAGAAACUGGACGACUUCUUCUCUGUUCUCAUGAAUGAUAAGAAUGGGCAGCCCCAUAAUCUUGAAUGGGGUGAGAUUGUCUCAGAAAUCAGCAUCAUGAUGAAUGCUGGAUCGGAUACUACAGCUAUCGCUACAAAUGCCACAUUGUAUCUUCUCUUGAAGAAUCCAACCUGUCUUCAAAAGCUACGGGACGAGGUUUCAUCUGUUCUUGACCCCAAUGAAACAGUUGCUGCUUACGAUAAGAUCCGUCACCUGCCUUACUUGCGUGCUUGCAUCGAUGAAGCCCUGCGCAUUUACCCUCCUGUCUCAAUGAAUCUCCCUCGUCGCACGCCUCCGGAAGGCGCAACAAUUCUAGAUGAAUUCGUUGCCGGCGACACCUCUGUGAGCAUUUCCGCUUAUGUGGUGCAUCGAGACCCGGCGAUUUUUCCCGAGCCUGAGACAUAUCGACCGGAACGUUGGCUUGGAGAAGCAGGGAAGGAGCUUCAGCCUUACUUUGUGGCUUUCAGUGCUGGUGCUCGAGGUUGUAUUGGUCGGAAUAUCAGUUAUCUGGAACAGACCGUGCUCCUUGCGUCUUUGGUGAAUCGGUUCGAAUUCGCGCUUCCUUCACCGGACUGGAAACCUACGAUUCGGGAGACUACCAACCUGAACUUUGGUCCUAUGCCCCUGAAAGUAUGGCGUAAGACUAUGGCCUGUGCUUGA